AUGACUUCUUUCUUCGAAUAUUACUCCAAGGACCGUCUUGUUGAAGCGCAUAUUAUUGAGGGUAUUUUGUGGGUAAAUCCGAAAUGUGUGUCUGAUGGAUUUGUGAAAGUGUUGGCGCCGUAUAUGCUUCCAAGUUCUUCUUCUUCUGAUGAUGAUGAUGAUGAUGAUGAUGGAAUUACAUCAGAUGAUGGAAUUACAUCAGAUGAUGGAAUUACAUCAGAUGAUGGAAUUACAUCAGCUGACAUUUUCAUUAAAGGGGUUAAGAGGAAUAGAGCUAUUCAUGGAGAUCAUGUGUAUGUGGAAAUACUUCCUCUCCAGAGGACGAAAUUACCUAUUCAUUGCGUUAUACGGAACAAUCGGUAUAGUGUAUCAGGAAGGAUUGAAGAUGAGUUACGGAUAUAUCCUGAGGACAUGGUAUUUCGUGGUGUACCUGUAGAUAAGAAGUAUCCAUGGUUCUUAAUAUCACAGAGAGACUUUAUGAAUAAAUUUCAUAAACAUUUAGAGUCAAGUUCUGAGCUGCCGGAAUUUGCCGUGUUUUGUUUGCGUUUUGUAGACUGGAAAGUUAAAAGUCGGUUGCCUCUUGGUGAGGUGAUAGAGUAUGCAGGGGACUGUUUAGAAACUAAGUAUGAAACCUUGGCUGCAUUAGAGGCAUUUGAGUUGGACGAUUGGGCCAAGCCACCUCCAGACCAGGUAGACGAAUGGGCUGAGGAAAGAGUAGUAAUGAUACGGAAACAUGUAGAUGAGCUUACUGGUGGUCGUAACACUGGCUUGCAUAGCGGAGACGUCUGGGAUGAAUUUACCGCAGGUCUGCCACGUGAGGAUUUGAGAAACCGAAAUGUCAUUUCAAUCGAUCCUGAAACAGCAAGGGAUCUCGAUGAUGCAAUUCAUGUUAAAGAUUUGGGUACUGUUUGGGAGGUAGGCAUCCAUAUAGCGGAUGUAUCAUUUGUUAUAUCACCCGGAUCUCCACCUGAUUUGGAAGCUCAAAAACGUACAACCACUGUUUAUUUCCCGAGCAAAGCGUGGCAUAUGUUACCACAAGCCGUGUGUCAAGAAUUAUGUUCUAUUGAUCCUUCUGGCGAUAAGCUGGCGUUCACGGUUUUGACUUACUUCGAUAAGAAGACGUUGCAACCAGUGAAGGAUACAGAGCAUGUAUACAGUCCGAAGUUUCUUAAGUCGAUAGUAAAAAAUAAGUGUCGUCUUAACUAUGACCAAGUACAAGACUUUUUGAACAGCGAGAUCCCUAUAGCAGAUCAAGAGGUAGAGGAGGCUCUCACACCCUUCCAGGAAGUUAAUACAACAACCAAGGGCCGCGGGCUGGUAAAUCAAGUUAAUGUGCAAGGUUCAUUUGCAUCCGUCCAAUGCGAAUUCAGUUUAUCUACUUUAAAAAAGGACCUAUUGGUGUUGCACAAACUGACCAAACAGCUACGGCGUGAUCGAUUCGCCGCCGGGUCCGUCCACCUCUCAUCUCUGCAGCUUAAAUUUCUGUGUAAAGAGAAUGGCAAACCUGAGUACAUUGCCGAGGAAUCACACUCCGCGUCACAUUGGAUGAUCGAAGAACUCAUGCUGUUGGCCAACUGUCGGGUGGCCGAGCGGAUUGCGGCCUCGCCUCUGGCUGACUGGGGCGUGCUUCGCGUUCAUCCGUCGAUAAAACAGCUGAAGGCGCUCAAGUUGUGCAAGAGGAUUGCCGAAAUUUGCCCAAAAUUGCCGCUGGCUCUGGCGGAUUUUGGUACGGCCACAAGCGUAGCGGCGCUGCUCAAGCGAGUGGCGGCUAAGACGUCUCCAAGGCUAGCAUCUUUCGUCGAGCACUUGGUCAUUAUCAACUUAGAACAGGCAGUUUACCGAUAUGCUGCACGGACACACGGUCAUCACUUCGCGCUUGGGUUCGAUCAAUACGCCCAUUUCACAUCACCUAUCCGCCGGUAUGCAGACCUGCUUGUGCACCGACAGUUGACUCUGGUGUUGCUCUUGGAACAACGGGCUAGAAACGAUGGCAGCGACUGGCGAGGUACUGGAGACCCUGACCUUCUGGGUGAGUAUAUGGGGCGUUUCUGCCACCUCUCCGAAAAUCCCUAUGAGGACGAAGACGCUCUCGCCCGAGUUGACGGGACAGACACACAAGAUGUAUUGGAUCAGAUCAAUGAUGUGCGGAUACGUGCGAAAAGGGCCAGCGAACGAGCGAGCGAUUCGUGGCUGCUAAUGUUCCUGGCUGACCAACCUAAGCCAGUGUUCACUACCAGCACCGUUGAACUCAUUUCUGAUCGCUCUAUCAAGAUACACCUGCCCGACAUCCACUCCGAAGUCCGGAUCGAGUUUGAGGUCUGUGCGUCAGGCAAUACGACACGACCAUUCCGAAAAAUACGUAAAGAACAUCUCGAACAAGUUACACUACCUACUCACUACACUGUCGCCAAUCUCCCUGAAGAUGAUGAUGAUGAUGAUCCACAAUCACCACCAUCCUGCACCAUCCACUGGGCCGACGGAUACGAACUAGUUCUUAACACCUAUGACGCACUACCCGUCUGGAUUUUGCCGUCACGCGAAGUACCACUUACCCUCGUCGCUGUACCCGUACCACCUACCAUGGUCAAAGCGGAGGAACGACGAACAAAUAGCCUCCGCAACAAGGUGAUAAGAAUCGCCACGAUCGCACAAGAACAAGAUGCCGACUAA